AUGGCUUCCGACAACCACAAAGAAGCGACUGCCAAUGUUGAGCCUGUAAAAGACGAUUCGAAACAGGUCUCAGCAGGGUCAUCCUCCGAGACGCUACCUGUCGCGGCGCCCAAGCGGGUCAAGGAUAUAAGCGAGGGUGCUUUCGAUACCACUGAAGACCCGAGAUUUUACAAGCCGAUCGACGACUAUGAAGGUAUACAUCGUUGGGAUCCGGAUUUUGAAUGGGGAGAGCAGGAGGAGAAGAAGCUCAUAAGAAAGAUCGAUCUACGCGUCUGUACAUUCGCUUGUGUCACCUUUUUUGCACUACAACUCGACCGAGGCAAUAUCGUUCAGGCGAUGUCCGACAAUAUGCUGGGCGACCUGGGCAUGAACACGAACGACUACAACACCGGCCAAACAAUCUUCUACCUCGUUUUCCUGUUUGCGGAACUUCCCUCCCAAUUGAUCUCAAAGAAAAUCGGACCAGAUCGGUGGAUUCCGAUCCAGAUGCUUUGUUGGAGUUUGAUCGCCGCCUUCCAGGCUUUCCUUUCAGGGAAAAAGUCAUACUAUGUCUGUAGGGCGUUGUUGGGUCUUUUUGAGGGUGGAUUCAUCCCGGAUACUAUUCUCUUUCUCUCCUUUUGGUACAAGUCCAAGGAGUUACCCAUCCGAUUGAGUUAUUUCUGGAUUUCCUACGAGGGAACAUCGAUUGUCAGUGCAUUCCUAGCAUAUGGCUUCUUACACGUGCGGAGGCCCGAUGGUACCGGUGGCUGGCGGUAUUUGUUUGCCUUCGAGGGUCUGAUCACAGGAGUCAUCGCGAUCAUUGCAGCUUUCUGGAUGCCGGCAUCACCUACUCAGACCAAAGGCGGGUUUCGCGGCAAAGAUGGCUGGUUCAACGAGCGUGAAGAAAAAAUCAUGGUCAACCGAGUGCUCCGUGAUGACCCGAGCAAGGGAGGCAUGCACAACCGACAGGCUGUGACGCCGAAGAUGCUUUGGGAGGCCCUCUGUGACUAUGACAUGUGGCCCAUCUACCUGUUAGGACUAACGUGGAUGAUCCCCAAUUCGCCAGCAACAAGCUAUAUCACCCUGCAGCUGAAGUCGUUGGGAUUCGAUACAUUCGAGUCGAACCUUUUGACAAUCCCAGCUUAUGUGAUUUUCAUUAUCAACCUACUGGUAUGGACCUGGAUCUCAGAGCGGUUUUACCAGCGAUUGAUUCUAGGAGUCGGAUCUAUGAUUUGGUGUUUGGUUCUCUUGAUCGCACUCGAGACCUUGCCAGAUAAUGCCAGUCCUUGGGCUCGGUGGAUCAUUAAUGUUCUACUGAUUGGAGCACCGUAUGUGCAUGCUAUUAUUGUCGCCAUGACAUCCCGAAACGCAGGCACGGUUCGUACGAGGACAGUUGCCACCGCGGUUUACAACAUGAUGGUCCAGACGUCAAGCAUUAUCUCCAACAAUAUCUAUCGUGAAGAUGACAAACCGUACUAUCGCACUGGAAACAAGGUUCUCAUUGCGUUGGCAGUAUGGAGCAUUUUCGUGUUCAUUGGAGCCAAAUUCUACUACAUGUGGCGCAACAAGAAGAAUACCGAAAAAUGGGAUGUCAUGUCUAGCGCCGAGAGGGAGGAAUAUCUGGCUGCUAAUGGGCACCUGGGCAACAAACGACUCGAUUUUAGAUUCAUCCAUUAA